CCAGUCGUUCAGUCAUUAGCGACCCGGCCGCGUCGAAUCUAUUCGUGUCUCGUGUCUUUUUCGUGUCAAUACGUAACCCAAAAAUCGCAUUCUUUUCGCUACUUCGAGUGCAAUUUCCUUCCAAACAACUUCAAAGUGUGCCUACUUAUCCUUCAAUUAUCAAAUGUCUCAUCCAGAUUCAUCCGGAAAAAACAAUUCUGGAUCAACGGCUCAACGGCGACGUAAACUACUUUCAAAGAAAAUUUGUAAAUGAGGUACGUCGCUGUGAUGAGAUGGAGCGCAAACUCCGUUACAUCGAAGCUGAAGUGAGAAAAGAUGGAGUGCCUGUUGCCGAUAAUCUCACUGAAUUGCCUCGCGCUCCAAACCCUCGGGAGAUUAUUGACCUUGAGGCACACCUAGAAAAGACGGAGAACGAGAUUCUUGAGCUGAGCCACAAUGCGGUGAAUCUGAAGAGUAACUACCUAGAGCUUACGGAGCUGCGUCACGUUCUCGAGAAAACGCAGGUGUUCUUCACGGAGAAUCAAGGUUCGCUUCUUCUUCUGUAUCAACAGGAAGAAGCCAACGACUCAAUCACCAGGGCACUGAUUAACGAGGAACCGCAGAAUCAAAACGCGACGGUUCGUGGACGACUCGAAUUCGUUGCCGGUGUUAUCAAUCGCGAGCGUGUUCCAGCCUUCGAGCGGAUGCUGUGGCGAAUUUCCAGGGGAAAUGUUUUUCUUCGGCAGGCAGAACUCGAGAAACCUCUGGAAGAUCCAAGCACCGGUAAUGAAAUUUACAAGACGGCAUUCGUGGCUUUCUUUCAAGGAGAGCAGCUAAAAAGUCGCAUAAAAAAAGUUUGCAGCGGAUUUCACGCAUCGCUCUAUCCCUGUCCAAAUACUAACUCCGAGAGAUUAGAAAUGGUCAAGGGAGUGCGUACGCGUUUAGAAGAUUUAAAUUUGGUUCUGAAUCAAACUCAGGAUCAUAGACAACGUGUUCUUCACAAUGUAGCUAAAGAAUUGCCAAACUGGAGUAUUAUGGUUCGUAAAAUGAAAGCUAUUUAUCAUACAAUGAACCUUUUUAACAUGGACGUGUCAAAAAAGUGCCUUAUUGGAGAAUGUUGGGUACCUGUAGCUGAUCUUGCAAUUGUUCAAAAUUGCCUUACAGAAGGGUCGCGGCUCUGCGGAAAUUCAAUUCCGUCUUUUUUGAACGUUAUUCACACGGAUGAAGACCCGCCAACUUUUAACAGAACUAAUAAAUUUACGAGAGGUUUCCAGAAUCUUAUAGAUGCAUACGGAGUGGCCUCAUAUCGCGAAGCAAAUCCUGCUCUUUAUACCAUUAUCACUUUCCCUUUCCUCUUUAGUAUUAUGUUCGGGGAUGCGGGUCACGGUUUGCUCAUGGCAAUCUUUGGACUCUACAUGGUUAUAUGGGAAAAGAAGUUAUCCACGAAAAAAACUAACAACGAGAUCUGGAACAUCUUCUUUGGAGGUCGUUACAUUAUUCUUUUGAUGGGUUUGUUUUCCAUCUACACUGGUAUCAUCUACAACGACGUUUUCUCAAAAUCGGUUAACGUGUUCGGAUCUAGUUGGAUUGCAAAGUACAACUACAGUACGCUGCAGCACAACCAUCAUCUGCAGUUGAAUCCGAAUCAAGAGGGCUACAAGCAAGUGCCUUAUCCCAUGGGUUUGGAUCCGGCCUGGAUGGUGGCCGAGAACAAAAUUAUCUUUCUCAAUUCCUACAAGAUGAAGCUCUCAAUCAUCUUCGGGGUUGUGCACAUGGUUUUCGGAGUCUGCAUGAGUGUAGUUAACAUUGUACAUUUCAAGAAGUAUGCAAGUCUUCUUCUUGAAUUCCUGCCACAACUUCUCUUCCUGAUACUUCUGUUCUUCUACAUGGUAAUGCUCAUGUUCAUAAAGUGGAUUCUGUACGGGGCUACUGAAGAAGACGUAAAAUAUCAACCAACUUGUGCGCCUUCUGUACUCAUCACUUUCAUAAACAUGAUGCUCUUCAAGCAUUCCAAGGUUGCCGACGGUUGUUCCGAGUACAUGUUUGAUGGCCAAAGUGAACUGCAGAAAAUUUGCGUAUUUGCUGCUCUUCUCUGUGUCCCGGUUAUGCUUUUCGGGAAACCGUUGUACACAGUUUUUGCCAAGAAGAAGCCAGGAAGAACCAUGGCGAACGGUUCUGCAUCUCAGGACAUUGAAUUGCAGCCAGAAGGUUUUCCAGUGAUUCCAGCAAUUGCAGGGGGAGAAAAAGCUGAUCAUGAAGAUGAAGCCUUCAGUGAAGUAAUGAUCCAUCAAGCGAUACAUACUAUAGAGUAUGUACUCUCCACGAUAUCACAUACUGCUUCGUAUUUGCGUCUCUGGGCCUUAUCACUGGCCCAUGCUCAACUCUCGGAAGUAUUGUGGAGCAUGGUCCUAAAUAAGGGCCUGGCUGCUGAAGAUGGUGACUACAUCAGCAGCAUCAAAUUGUUUGUCGCCUUCGGGGCCUGGGCCCUUUUCACCCUGGCCAUUCUGGUCAUGAUGGAGGGCCUCUCUGCCUUCUUGCACACUCUUCGUCUUCACUGGGUUGAAUUUAUGAGCAAAUUCUAUGAGGGUCAUGGUUACCCCUUCCAACCGUUUUGUUUCAAAACAAUUUUUGACACUGAAGAUGCCGAAGAAUAAAAGCAAGAAAAAGCAGACUCGGUAGCUAAAAGAUAAAAAGUUACUGAUAAUUUUAAUUUUUAUCGAAAAUGAAAAGACAACAUUUAUUGUGAAAAAUUUUAAUUUUUUUGGGUAUUAUUUUACAAGCUUUUUUGCGAGUACAAUCAAGUCUUAUCAAAGUGCCUCAAAAAAUUUUUAUAACUUUAUAAUUCAUCCUUGGAUUAAAAUUAAAUGUUGCAAUAAUUAUUGAGAUGUCAAUUUUUCCCAGAAAAUUAAUAAAAUAGAGGUCAAAAGCUGUUUUAAAAUUUUAUUCUAUUAAAUUGUAAAUUUGAUUUAUUUUUAAAUAUUGUAAAAUUCAAAUUGUAUUUUUUACAUCGAUAAUAGAUUUUAAGUUAAGUGUCAAAAAAUAAUUUACGAUUAUCUCGUGAAUAGGGUCCAAUCUUUGAUACUGUAUAAGCAAAAAAAUUAUUAUUGAUAAAAAAAAAAGCGUAGAUGUUGAUUGAUAAAAUUAUCUGAAAUUAUCAAAUUCUUGCAAUUUGUAAAUUCCAAUUUAUUGACGUACAAUCAAUUAAUGUUGAUGUAUGCCGCCGAAAUUAGGAAUUAUAUUAAAAACUCAUUUUUUCACCUCUUAAAAAAAUAAACAGUGAAUCAAAAUAAAUUAGUUAACAAUUCA